AUGCUGCUUCCUCGAAAACACCUGUCUCUGGCCUCUCUGGACCUCUCAUCCCCACAGGAGGGCCUUUCCGCAAGCCGUUUUUACGCCUCCAAUGUCAAAAUCCUCGAUCUCGAAAGCCGGAUGGGCUCAAGCCCAAGCGUAUUGAUUUGUUCUGAUGGCCCGAGCGACAUGGCCAUUCCCGCCAAGUCGAAGGCAGACAUCAAGGUCGACGUGGGGAAGAGGGCCGCCAUCGAGUCUCUCACGCGCAAGAAUGCCCGGUCACACUCCAUCUCGACGAUCGAUGUCAAAGAGCGAUCCGAUGACGCUAGCUUGCCUGGCUCUGCCGAAUUGCAACCAUCAGAGGUCGAAUCAUUACGGCCGCAAAGCUCAUCGGUCACUGCUGCACCUUUGUUGGCGAAGCCGCCGUUGGUUGAGCCGCAGCAGAAGAAGCAGCCGCCCCCGCCGAGCCAGGAGAAGCAGCAGACGGCAGAGAGUCUAUGUGAUAACAUUCGAACUCAAUACUUGGAGGCAUUGUACCUCUCCAAGGUAGACAAGAAGUUCCGCGAAACCAUUCCCGCGAUGCUUGCAAAGACAAAGACGUUUGUGGACAGCUCAGAUGAAGGACGCAAGAAGCGGCGGAAGUCGAAGAAGAUGAAGGUUGGCAAGGACGGUUUAUAUCCGAUGGAGGACGAGAUUGUACAUCGUUGGUGGGCAGAGAAUCAGCCUGCGCUGGCUGAGGACUCGGAGGCAGGAGUUUCGCCCGCCCAAAUCAAGGAUCGCAUCGACCUGCUCCGGACGAGGGAAACUCAGCUGCAAAUGAUUGUCAUCAUGGAGACGAUGGCCUUGGAGGAGGCAGCCCAUACACAUUUGGCCUUCCUGCCUGAGCUGACGGAAUCUGAACCAAAGGCAGCCCCGUCAUCGAGCAAGAAGCGCAGCAAGCAUAAUCUUCCCAUGCUCGUCGAUGUCCACGCCGAUCGAUUGACCAUCUGGCAAUCCAUGGCAUCAGACGCCCAUAUCCUGCUACAAGACACGCAGGCCACAGAGGAAGCUAUAGCGACCACCCAGCAGAAAGCUUCAUCAGAACCGCUAAGAGACUUCUGUGUCGAUGUUAUCGUGCCUUUUCAAAAGUUUGGCGGGCCUGUGAUUAUCGCCCCUACCAAGAGGGUGAAGCCCUCUCGGUCAUCUAGCAAACAGGACCUGAGGCCUGGGGCCUCCCUGAAACGCCCGGCACCCGCCAAAGAGCCAAGGUCACUGAAACGUGCUCUGUCAAUGGAUCAGCAGCAUCGCCGCAGCCUUUCGCGGGGGCCGAAUGCGCUCGCAGAACUAAUGCGCACAACUACAACUACAACUGCCUUGCCUAGUGUCAAGCGCGAGGCUAGCGACUCCAAUAUCCUUAAGACCAUGGUCAAUGAGGCCCGUACUACCUCGCAAGGUCCAAGGCCUCUUUCUCGAAGCUCAAGUAGCAUGACUCUGGAUGACCCCAGAGCGAACAAGAAGGCCAAGAUUGACGCGGAACUGCGGGAGGCUAUCACAGCUUUGCGCAAACCAAACCGAGAAGUCGUUGGGAAGGCGUUGGCAGAGGCCGCCGAGCGCAAAAAUUCUACUGCCCAUUCUCACAAGAGACCGAAAUAUGCCUCGGGAACAGGCGUGCAAGUAAAGGCCACGCCGAUGAAUCAGAGGUUCAAAGAGAUGACAGGUGCGGGGGACGAUAGUCCCUUUGACAUUCCGUUGCCUUCGACGGAAGAUGUCGUCCCGCCAUCAAGCGCAGGACCUGUUGUGCCUUCCACCUCACAGCGUGACGGCUAUGGGAUUGUUCCACCCACGCCGUCAAGAGGCAUUCCUGGUCGGGACCCAGUGAGAAAACUCAACUUGGGCUCUUCGUUCCUGCGAAGACCCGCGACGGAGCUACCGUCCAUUCCGCCGUCCUCGCCUGUCAUGAUGAGACGCGCGGGCGCGAUGCCCGAGUCACCAAUGGCGCCUCCCACUAUCUCGAAACCACCCACGCAACCCAGCUCAUUCAUGUCACGGCUAGGUGGUGUGCCAGAGACACCAAUAAAAACACAAACAGCGAAAUCAUUGGCAUUUGAUGACUUGGAGAAGAAGCAACCCCAGACGAAACCUGUGUCUAUUUACCAGAAACUCGGCUGGGACGAUGAUGAUGACUUGGACGACUUAUUAUGA